AUGGACAGUCGAGUUCAUGCCAUCCUGAGCUCUUUGUGGCCGGCUGCGCGUCGGCCCUUGGCGCCCUUCCUGGUGCUGGGCGUUGACAUUCUGGACGCCUUGGACUUGGCCUCCUGCGAGGAGGCUUCGCCGCCCGCGACCUGGGAGCCAGAGCCCGGUGUGGCUCAAGAAAUUGACGGCAACAGAGAGCUCAGAGAGCUUCCGGGCCCCAUCCCGCCAAGUGCUGCACAGGAGCCUGUGGAAGGUGUUUUCCGGCGGGACGGUGAGAUUGGGCAGACACUGGCGGAGACCAUCCCAUUCUUUUUGCUGUUAAACUUUGCGGGUGCGGCAAUGGAUCAGGCCCUUGGCGCGACCGGCGCCCCUCCGGGCUUUGUUUUGGCACAGGAGCAUCGCUCCUUGGCAAAGCUUGCGACGGCCCGAGGUGUGCCUUCUGACACCUCUGAGCCCAGGAUGUUUCACAGCGCUGCCGCUGUCAUCGCGGGCGCUGCAAUCGACUUGCUGGAUCGGCAAUAUCGGGACAGAUUUGGAGGGACUUGGAGGGUUCACUGUGCUCUGAACUCCAACAGAUUUGCAGCAAGAGUUUGCGACCCCCGAAGGAUCGUGAAUGGCGUCCUGAGCCGUGAAGGGCCAUGGGUCAAUGUGCCCUCUGCCCUGUCGAAUGCAAUCUUUGCAAAGGAGAGAAAACAUGACGUGCCUCUUUGGCCGAUGAUGCAUGCUGCUUUCUUUGAGGACGUUGAGAUGCCAGCCGUGCUAUUGGAGGAUAGGUCGAGACGGGCUAUCGGACGGGUGUGA